UUCUUUAACAUUUUUUUUUAUAAUAAAGUGAAAAAAUCAGAUAUUUAAACACAGUUCAAAAAGUAUUAAUCGAUAUUGUAGGAAAGUUAUUAAAGUGUUGUAAUAUAAAAUAAAUUUAAGUGUUUUUCUUAUUAAAGUAAGUUUGAUGAAAAAAAAAUGGAUGCGUGUGAAAAUUUUCAUGAUUUUCUUAGAAUAAAUGCAGCAGAAGUCUAAAAAAAAAACGAAUUAGAAGUUUCAAGAAGAAAUAAGAUUUCGGUAAAAGUGUUAGAAUUGAUUCAAGUGAAGUAAAAUUCCGUUAACUUUUAUAACAAAUUAGCUAAUUCUUUUUUAUAUUUUUAUAAAAUAAAAUGAAAUUGAAAAAAAAUCUAUUAUAAGUUUUUUACCUAGUACGAGUACAUACUUAUACUUACUUGCUUUAUAUGUAUGUAAUAAAAAAAAUUGAAAAAUGGCUGCGUAGUAUCGAAAGAGUGGCAAGAAAAAACCCUUCAAGUUUCAAAGAAGAAAAUGGAAAAAUGCAAACAUUUUUUUAGAGCAGGAGGUUAAACAAAAAAAGUUCGUUGCCAUAUUAUAAGUAACGGUAACAAGAAGAAAGGCAAAAAGAAGAAAAAACGAUUACAAAAAAUCCAAAUAACCUUACACUUCAAUGAGCCAACAAAAAAUUUAACAUCCCUUCUAACAUAAAAAAAGAAAACCGACCAGAGAUUGAGUGAAAUUAAUGAGUGGAAAACGGUAAAUAAAUAGAUAACGGUUAAUUUGAAAUGAGUAUGUGAGCAAAAUUAUCAAGCGAAUGCUCACUUACUCUCCUUUUGUAACGUUACGUCGCGUGUCUCGGUAUGGCAAUAUAAAAACAAAUACGAAAAUUAAAAUAAAAACAAAACAAAUAAUUUCAAGGAAAUUGCAAGCAUUUAGUGACAACAACAACGAUAGCAACAACAAUAACAACUAAUUCCUCAGGGCAAGAGGUUAUAAAAAUCAAAUCAAAACUGGCACCUGUUUUACCCUCGAGUACCAUAGCAGGUGGGACUACAGCAGCCGCAGCUGCUGCUGCAGUCCGUCUACCGGAAACCACAUAUAAAAAUGUUAACAGUAUUAACGCAUUUAAUGGCAGUGUGGCCGUUACUAGUUCCAACCUGGGACUGGGCACCACAUUUUUGCAUGAGACUCCAGCCACAGCCUCCAUAACAAAAUUAUCCACCUCACCGCAUUUGAUGUCACCCACUCACAAUGUGUUAACGGGUUCGGGCACAGGAACGGGCUACAGCAACACGUCUGUGUUGAACAACACCAGCAUAGGCACAUCAUCCGUGGGUACAGGAGGUACAGGAGCAGGAGUUAUAUGCAGCAGUGAUAGUGGCAUAUCGUCGAUUAUUUCAUCGACUCCCUCUUUAUCCCAACUAUCCCCACCACCGGUUUCCAAUGCAGUAUCGCUAGCGAUUUUGGCCUCCAGCAUUGUUACCACCUCCAGUAAUUGUACGAUGACCAAUAAUAACGGCAGCAGUAACAGCUGCACCCCGGGCAGUGGUAGUGGCAGUGGAGGACGCUGUAGUCCCAUCAUAGGAGGCAUAACGGCGAAUCUUACAAACGGUUUGGCUUCAUCAUCUUGCAUUUAUGGCGCUUCAGCUACAGGCACUGGUAGCGGUAGCCCUCUAUUAUAUGCUGAACGCACAUCGCCAGCAUUAAACAUGAUGGUGGGUUCGGGUAAAACGAAAAACUUGAGCCCUUUACAAAAUGCUUCCAUUGGAGUUUCUAUGGCUUCUUAUACCGCUGGCAGUGGUACUCUAACUUCUAUUGCUGUCUCUACGGCGGUUAGUACGCAGGCACAAACGGGCUCGGGAUCAAACUAUUUGAAUACCAUCAAAAUGUUGGGUCCGGCUGCUUCAAUCGAUCUGGGCACCUCACCCCUAACACACCGUAACUAUCCCAGCAUUAAAGGUUUUACAUUUCGCCGCAGUUUCGAUGAUAAAAUUAUUGCUGUAUCCACAGCCACCGCCUCGGGUCAUGUAAGCAGUCAGUCACAAACCUCCUUAGGUGGACCAGCCAUAUCGGCAGCCUCUUAUAUAUCCCAUUUCCCAGCCACCUCUUCUCACCAUCACCACUAUCAUCAUCACCUACAGCAACAAUCCCAACAGACGCCCCACUUUGCCCACUAUCAUCCCCAGCAUACCUCGCACUUGCACCACAAUCAUAAUCACCUCCACCAUGCCACUCACUCGGCCCUGCAUCAUCAUUUGGUUGGUGGCGGUGGUGUUGGCGGUUUUCAUGGCAAUUUUAUGGGCAUUUCAUCGUCUGCGGUCAAACAUUCCGUCGCCUCUGCCAACUCAGCUGUUCCCUUUUUGCCUUCGCCUUUAUAUGCACCGCUGACGUCGUCACAGUCGACAACAAAACUAUCGCAUCGUGAUGAUUUCCUUCAGCAAAUUGGCUAUUUGCCAACAACUCGUAUUUAUAGCACUCCAUCCAGUCUGGUGGAUGAGGAUAAGGCACAGCAGGAUUUUUUGUCAUUAUCCUUGUCGCCCCCAUUAAAUCGUCGUCGUGAUAUGCCUGCAUUGCGUGGACCGUAUGUUAGUCUAUCUGAACCUCGUGGUACUUUAAGUACAACAGAUGAAAUUUUCCCCGACUCACCCGAAAGCAGUUUAUACGGUUCAGACGAAGAGCAGGAGGAUGUAGCGCAGUAUUGUCGUGGUGGUUACCAUCCAGUUGUUAUUGGUGAUAUAUUUGAUAAUCGGUUUCGAGUGGUACGCAAACUAGGAUGGGGACACUUUUCCACCGUCUGGCUAUGCAGGGAUCUCAAAGAGGAAAAGUAUGUAGCUUUAAAAGUGGUUAAAAGUGCCCCUCACUAUAUAGAAACGGCAGCAGAUGAAAUACGAUUGUUAGAGGCAAUACGUGAUGCAGAUCCUUUGGAUGUUAAACGCGAACGUAUUGUACGUUUACUCAAUCAUUUCACUGUACGCGGUGUUAACGGCGUCCAUACCUGUUUGGUGUUCGAAGCAUUAGGUUGUAGUCUUUAUAAAUUGAUCGUAAAGAAUAACUAUCAAGGUUUGGCGGUGGCACAAGUUCGUAAUAUAAUCAAACAAGUCCUAGAGGGUUUGGACUAUUUGCACAGUAAAUGUAAUAUUAUACAUACAGAUAUAAAACCGGAAAAUAUACUAUUGGUGAUAGAUAAUGCAGCAGCAAUGAAUCAACAAAUCGAUGAUGAAAUAACUAGUUUGAGAAUAAAGGGUGUUGAUUUUCCAGAUUCAUAUAUUAGUUCCAUAGAAAAACAAACGAAAACACGAGCCAAAUGGCCAUUACAAAACAUCGAAAUGAAUGCAGCUAAUACCACAACCAAUACAGCUAAUAAUUCUGCCUCAUCGACACCUCUACCGCCGCCUCUAAAUGUGGGAGUUGGUGGUGGUGGUGGUUCAAACUUAAGUGGUGACAAAGAAGAUACAUCGUCAUUAACCUCGAAAUACUCUAGUCUAAUGGGUGAUAGCAUAGAGGGCAGCAGUACUGGAGGUGGCAACAAUACAACAUCAAAUACAACGGGAAAUCUAAAUAAUCGUUAUCGCACAGAAAAGAAAAUCACUGCCAAGUCUAUUGAUGAAGCAGAAGAGAUUGGCAUAGAGACAAAAUUGAAUCAAAACAAUUCUAAUAAUGACAACAACAAUUUUGAUAAUAAUAAUGCUGCACCACAAACGGAUUGUGAAAUUAAUCCUUUAAAUUCAGCAACAAUAAAUGAUAACUCAAAUAUUUCUACUACAACAAAAAAACAAACUGAUGAUGAUUAUAAAAUGUCAUUUGAAACAACAACUACAACACCUUUAUCAUCUCCUCCACCAUCAAUAAUAAAACCAACAAUAACAUCAAACACGACUUUAAUGUCAUCAAAGCCGCCCACUGAAACCACACCAGGUUCAGAUAUAGAACAAACAAAUAAUAAAUUAAAUAAUACCAAUACUACAAUUCCUCAGACUCAAUCCUAUACGAAUGCCAUACAAUCGUUAAUCAAUAAUACGAAUGUACGAGUGAAAAUUGCCGAUUUGGGUAACGCUUGUUACGAGUAUCAUCAUUUUACGGAGGAUAUACAAACCCGACAAUAUCGUUCGAUAGAGGUUCUAUUGGGAGCACCUUAUAACUAUACAGCCGAUAUUUGGAGUACGGCUUGUUUGGCAUUUGAAUUGGCAACGGGAGAUUAUCUAUUUGAUCCUCAUGCUGGUGAAACCUAUUCUAGGGAUGAAGAUCAUUUGGCUCAUAUUAUUGAGUUGCUGGGUACAAUACCGCCUUCGGUGAUAUUAAGAGGAAAACAUGGUCUUAAAUAUUUUACUAGUUAUGGAAGUCUACGCUAUAUAACGAAAUUAAAACCCUGGAGCCUUAUAAAUGUUUUAAUUGAAAAAUACGAUUGGGAUCCAGUAGAAGCCAAAAAAUUCUCCGAUUUCUUAUUACCCAUGUUGGAAUAUAAUCCAGUUAUACGGGCCUCAGCGGCAGAAUGUCUUACACAUCCCUGGCUGGAGGAAAAAGAGGAAUUUGUUUAAUUAAAUGCAACAAGAACAACAACAACAACAAAAUCAUUUAUACUUAUAACAACAAGAACAACAACAUAAUUUGAUAGCUUUGAUGAAAUUAGUUUUAAACACAAAAACAAAAAACUUAAAAAUAAUUAUAAUUACAAUUAAUAUUAAACCAAAAAAAAA